CACAAGCGGACACUGGAGGUAUCCGAGCGGACACACACACACAGGGAGGAGGAGGAGAGGACACCGGGGACACCGACCAGGGCGCACCGAGGACGCACCGGGGACACCGACCAGGACGCGCGAGGCACCGGCUCCGCUCCCUCCAAACAAAAGCUAAAGAAUUGAGACACUCCUUCAGCCACAUCAGAUUUCCAGAUUCGCUUCCGUCCGGCAUCAUGCCACGCUGCAGAGUCAACCUCAGCACCAUGAUCUUCCUGGUCAUCCUUCAGGGAGCGGCGGUGGUUCUGUUCUGUGGGUGGUACGUCCAGCUCAGUCCUUGCGGAUCGACUCCAUCCAAUGGCAAAGUUCACGUCCUGUUAUUAUCGUCAUGGCGAUCUGGCUCCUCCUUCUUGGGUCAGGUGUUCAGCCAGCACCCGUCGGUGUUCUACCUGAUGGAACCUGCUUGGCACGUGUGGACCAAACUGCAGAAACCCGGAGCACGUACACUUCGAAUGGCCGUCAGGGACCUUUUACGCAGCGUUUUCCAGUGCGACUUCUCUGUCAUGGAGGCCUACCUGCCGGAGCAGCACAAUGUUUCAUCACUGUUCAUGUGGAGUCACAGUCGAGCGCUGUGUUCACCUCCGGCCUGCCCCCUCACGCCGCGGAACCAGAUCAGCAACCAGACUCGCUGCCUCCAGUUGUGUGACGCCAGGACGCUGCAGGGUGUGGAAAACGCCUGCGGAACCUACAGCCACGUGGUGUUGAAAGAGGUUCGGUUCUUCGAGCUCGAAUCCCUCUACCCGCUCCUACAAGACCCCAACCUGGACCUCCGGAUCAUCCACUUGGUCCGAGACCCGCGGGCCGUGAUGCGGUCCAGGGAGGAGUCGGCUAAAGCAUUCAUGAGCGACAACGCCAUCGUCCUGGAGCAGCGGAGCAUCCCGACGGCCGAGGUGCAGUACCAGGUCAUGCAGGAGAUCUGUCGCAGCCACGUUCGCAUCAACGAGCGGGCCAUCCUAAAGCCCCCCCCGUUCCUAAAGGGACGCUACAAGAUGGUCCGAUAUGAGGACCUCGCGCGGAACCCGCUGGAGGAGAUUAACUCCAUGUAUGAGUUUGUUGGUCUGGAGAUGACCAAACCCCUGGAGGACUGGAUCUACAGAGUAACCCAUGGAAAAGGUAAAGGCACCAGGAAGGAGGCCUUUAAAAUAACGUCCCGUAACGCCGCCGACGUCUCCCAGGCCUGGCGUACGAUGCUGCCCCAUGGGAAGGUCAAACGGAUUCAGGAGGUUUGUAAGGGGGCGAUGUCACUGCUCGGAUACCGGACGGUUAACAACGAAAAGGAGCAGAAGAGGCUUGACAUAGACCUUUUAGUACCACGGGAACCGUAUCAGUUCAGCUGGUUACCCGCUAAAACAGAACACCCUGGAAAAAGUUAGAACAUCAACGACAAAGACACUCCACUGGAUUGAAGUCUAUGUUUUUGUAGACGUAACUUUACAAGGGGAUGUUGCUGCCAUUAGAUGGUUCUCCAGCUGAGGGAACGCUGGCAUGAUGUUGGCGUGAAAACCGUAAAAAUGUGAUAAUACAACAGCAAAGAGGCCCGAAACACACUUCAUCUGAACACACAAGUGAAAAAAACCCCAGUAUAAGUCACAAUAGUGAUUUGCAAAAGUCGCCAUGUAACUAAUUAACUUGAAAACAUAAGGUCUGACAGGACAUAAGCUUUAUUUAUCCAAACCCAGAGAUGUUAACCAGUAACCAACCGUUCCCUAUAAAUCCUGCUAAGCUCCAUUAGUUUAGUGUCUCCUCUCUCAGUUCUGCACAUGUUGUUAGUGUCAACACCAAACCAGAGCUGAGAUCCAACAGGUUUCAGUCGUCGUAUAACUCAGUGCUUUUCUAGUUUGGUUCUUGUUUCUCUUCAGUCAUCCUUUCACUUUGUUGCACAAGUUGUGAAUUAUGUCAGACCACUGUGGUGAUAGAGGACACUCUACUCUUCACUGAGUGAGUCUAGGACCGAUUGUUAUCUCACCGGUCGAUGGGCCUUUAGAUAUUCUGAAGGCACUGUCAUCAUUGUCUUCUUCGUUAGCAAUUUCUUGAAACUUCUUCUCUGACAAAACUCCUGGUCGGAUUUAUUUCAAAUUUUAUAUGUAUCUUCCUUGGGACAGUGUCUACAAAGUUUGUUCACAGUUUUGAGCAUUUGGUUUUUGAAUUUUUCACAAAUUUUUUGAAAUAUUAAAAAUUUGCCAUUAGUUAUAUUGGGCCAUAUUUUGGUGGAAAUGGUUAGAGAUAUCAAUAUAGUUAUUAUUGAGCACUGACAGGAAGUCAUAGACGGACUUUCAUUUGGGUCCAUGACCUUUGACCUUGAGUGACCUUGAAGGUCUAAACUCAAAGUCACCAAUAUGUUGAUUUCAAAGAAGUCAUAUAUGGACUUGAAUUGAAUUAGUUGAGUUCUCCUCCAGUGAAAGUACCGCCCACUUCUAUUGUUAGACUGAUCUGCAUCCAGCCCACAGAACUGGAACAUAGACGCAGAACCUGACAACCUCACAUGUUCCACUGGGGAUUGGUUCUUGAUGGAACAUGCCAGUGAGAUACAGGGAUACUGGUCCUAUUUUUGUUCAGUGCGAGCGUUCUAAUGUUGACAACAAUGUGUGAAAGGUCCGUGUGUUAACCUGAAAAUCUGUGUCUAAUGUUAAGUUCUAAAAUGCACAGCUGACGGUGCAGUCGCAACCAGAGAGCGAAUGUCAAUGGCCUCAUUUGAGUCGCGUCCCCAGUGGCCUCUUGUGAGUGAAAGGAGAGCGUUGGAUGGCUUCCACAGAAGGACGGAGGCCAGCCAACACCCAGGCACGAUCUGUUCUAGACAAGAGGAAGCAUUCUUAAGCUGUUUGCAAAGAAACCUGCAAACUUCUGUGAGCGUCGAUCAGAAAAUACAGCCUUAAAGAUACAAGGCUCAUAGAAAUUUCAGUUUAAAGUGUUAACAUGUUGUGUGUUCACCGUAGUGUUUGAAGAGCCGACCAUUUUGUUGAAUGGUCUGAAAUGUUCUUCACUUGUGCUUCUACUGAAUGAGAAAAUUACACUUAAUAAAAUCUAAAAUCGUA